GCGGUUGAUAAAGUAUUGAAGAGAAAAAUAAUUACGCGUGUUUUUGGCUUGGUUUUGUAUUAAAUCUAUUUUACAGAGUUUGUUCAACAACAACAACAACAUCACUACUGGUAAUAAUAGUCUAAUACUUGAUAUUAUUAUUCGGGUAGUGUUAUAGUCUCUAGAGGAAUAUUGUACUAUAUUGUACUAUCAUCACAACAACAAAUUUUGUCCUCUAAAAAAGAAAGCGAAAUAAUGAAUAAUACUAAUAUACCUAGUGGGUUUAUAAAUACCAAUACAUCUAGUUUAAACGGUAUUACUAACAAUAACAACAAUGGUUUUACCGGUAUUCAUAGUAACGUUCUAAAGAGUUUGAGCAACAACAAAAAUCCGUUAAAUUCUUUUAUGAAUAAUACUAACGUUAGCGUUACUAACAACAUCAACAAACCUAUAGAUAAACAACAAAACGGUAACUUUAACGAAACAUCUAGCGUACCACUAUCUAACUACUAUUCAAUGAAUAAUCAGUUUCCAAACUUUCACAAUGGUAGUAAUGGUGUGGUUUCUAACGGUUCUAUGAAUAACCAACAACCAGGUUAUCACUACUCUAGUUUUCAACCGUAUAACAACAACAAUACUAAAAAAUAUAGGAAUAACGAUCAUUUACUAGAUCAAUCAUUGAGCUAUCAAAUUGACUUUAACGAUCAAUAUACGGAUAAUCAGUCAUAUGGAAAUAAUUAUUAUCAAAAUGUUUCUAACCAACCACCACAACAACCUCUAGAUCAUAAUUUUGGAAAUAAUUUUUUCUUGAACAAUAGCGCUCCUAUGUUUGGAAGCAGUUUUGGUGGUGACUAUCAAAACAAACAACCACUAACAACAAAUAUGGGACCAAUUUUGGGAAAUCAACCAUCGAGGCAAUAUCAACCGUUCAAUUAUCCAAAUAAUAGCUAUAAUCUAAAUAAUCUAACUAAUGUUAUCAACAAUGGUAAUCAAACUGCUGUUUCUCAACCUCCAUUACAUUAUAACAACAGUAAUUAUCAAUAUUAUGUAAAUAGUGAUAACCAAUAUCCAGCUGCUAGUACCAGCACUACUAGUUAUAGUACACCUCGAUCUACUACGGCAUCUUUUGAAGGAAGUUUACAUCAAUCUGUUGGUGAAAACUUUAAUCAAUUCCAAGAUCCAAACUCUAGUAACACUUCACAAUUUAGAUUUGAAGUAAAUAACCAAGAUAUUAUUCAACCUCCACCAACUGCAACAGCUAAUGAUACAAAUAGUAAUACUGUUACUGAUACCAGUAGUAACAAUAGUUCAACUGCAAAUGGUAGUGGUGUAACUACAUCAAAUAAGAACAAACCACAAAAAUCUAAAAAGAAGGAAAAGAAGAAGACUACUCCUUUAUUGUUAAAACCUAUCGAAAUAAUUGUUCUUCAAGAGUUAUUAUCAUCUGAUUUGGAUACAAUCAUGAAAGAUUUGAAAGUAACCUAUACUUUUGAUAAUCAAGGUGAUAGAUUAAUUCUUGAAUUUAAGAAGGUAACUUUUGAAAAGGUUGAACAACAAGUGAGAGAUCUUCUUAAAAAGGUUUUCUUUAGAGAAUGUUAUUGUGAAAUGAAGGAAGAAAGAAGAAGAGAGAUUCAAAAGAAGGCAUCUAAGUACAACUCUCUUUGCUUCUUUGAUUCUGCCAAUGUUUGUCACGUAGCAUCCCUAAGUGAAGAUGAUAUGGAAAAAUUAUCUAAGCAUAUCUACUGUUUUAUUGGUGUUUAUAAACUCCAUGAAAAGGAAUCUAUCGAAACUAUCCUUAAACAUAAUUACAAGUACCAAAUCAAACCUCAAAAGGAUAAGCAUAACAACCAAAUUGAGAACGAGAUUGCACUCUACUGUCAUUGUCCAUCUGAAAAAGCUAAAGCCAAGUUAGAAAAGAAGAUUGCCAAGAGAGGUGAUUCACCAUCUAUUAAGAUUAAGCUUAUUAGAAAAUGUCAUCCAGAGCUUUUGAAUCCAACUGAUUACUCUGAAAGAGAUAAUAAGGUUGUAUUGAAAGAUAGUAGUGAUUCUAAAGAGUUGAAGAAGUGGUUAGAUAGAAUUGAAAUUAUCCAUAUUCAUGACAUUACAGGACGUACAGAAUUAUUUGGGGAAACUAAGAAGGAAUUAGAGAAUUAUCUCGACUCCUAUAGUAGGAUGGCAUAUCAAAUCACUCGAGACAUAGACAAGAAGAAGAAGGUUUAUGUAGAUAUUGCCAUAAUUUCAGAUGAGUUUGAUACAAACACAAAGAAUGUUUUAAAGCAAAAAACUAUUGAAAUUAUCCGAGGUUACAAAAAGAUGAUCCCAUCUGAUUCACUUCCUGUUGAUGUAGUUCAAAACCUAACAAGAUACAUCACCACUAUGAAACUACCAAUCGGUGUUUAUAUUGAUCAUAGCGAUCAAACUAAAAUGUUUUAUAUUAGAGGAGUUAGAAUGGAAAAGGUAGAAGAGGCCUUUAGAACUUUUGAUGUCGAGAUGAAGAAAUACUUAGAAAAGACUGUUCAGAUCUCGUUUACUAACGGGACUGAAAGAGAAAUGGGAUUACCCAUUCUUUUGAAAAAGGUUUCUAAAACAAGUAGUUUGAGACUAACAAAAGGUACUUCAGACCUCUCCUAUUCUUUGACUGGUCCAAUUAAGGAAUGCGAACAAUUCAUGAAGAAUGAAUAUGCAGAUAUAAUUGGUCAGGUUAAACAAUCCAUUCUGUACAUGAAUAACAAUAACUUUAACUUUCUCUAAAUAAUAGCCCUAGUUCGACUAAAUAAUAAAUAUCUUUACAUUAUUCUAUUAUU